CCGCGCUGGCUCCCUCUCACACGCACGCAGCCUGUCCGGUAGGAUGGGACCAGCAAGCCAGAUCUCCAUGCACGCCUGACCGCUAGUUUUUCUACUUCCUGGAUGGAAGAAUGGGACAUUUUUUCCCCUUUCUUCCCAGCGCCACUUUCUCUCUCUCUCCCGCUACGUUGCGCGCUGCCCCUCCGUCACGCCGACGCCGCGGAUAAUCACUUAAUAACCACCACGUGUAAUCAAUGAUAUUCGACCACUUUUCCUUGUAAGUUGAAGACAGCGAUCGAUCGCCGAUUGACCCCCCCCCCUUCCUCCUCCUCCUCCUCCGUCUUCUUCUUCUUCCACACUUCGGGAAUGUCGCUGUCUGGAAGCCCCGCUACAGGCACGGCGGAGUCACACAGAUUUCCAACUGUUUUCUCACAGCUGUGGCGUGCGCAGCGUUUUAUUCCUCGGAGCUGAAAGAGCAGAAAGCACCCCACCAACACCACCACCACCACCAUCAGCUCUGCUCGUACCGGAGGCGAGGAAAUGAGUCUUUUUAAACGGCAGUGACUGUGUCGCCUGCACCGACCACCACCACCAGCCGUACUUUGAUGCUCCCCUGCCUUCGUGGCCGCCGUGCCAACUUUGCUCUCUAACAGCUUCUUCGGUCGUGUUGUGUGCGAUUUUCUAAAGAGGAGGAAAAACAAGAAAGAAGAAGAAGGAAGGAGAAGAAAAAAACAACAACACAAGACUGAAAAACUUUGUCACCCGUUGCCUUUGUUUUCUCGUGUAACUCUCGAUGAGUGGUCUAACAUGCGGAGAAUACGGGGACCGAGUUGCUGGUGGAUUUUAUCCUUAAUGUUUUUAACCUUGCCCAAACACAAAGACUGUCACCCCGUUGCAUCGGGUGGCCAACCUCACCAUGCUCUAGACGGGCACCAUGGGAGCGCAGGCGUAAUGAGGGAGAGGAGGGCAGCUGGUGACCCCUAUUGGUCCUAUUCAGGAAGCCAUGGACCUCGAGGCUGGGCAGCCUCAUACCCAGAAUGUGCUGCGAAGAACCAAUCACCUGUGGACAUUGCAGAUGAACAAGCUUUGGUUUCGGAGGAGUUCCAGGAGCUGGUGCUGGAGAAGUUCAACACUGAGUCCUCCAACCAGACAACAAUGAAAAACACAGGAAAGACAGUUGCUGUUCUCCUGAAGGAUGACUACUUUGUAAGGGGUGCUGGACUGCCUGGGCGUUUUAAGGCUGAGAAGAUGGAGUUUCAUUGGGGCCAGAGUAAUGGAUCAGCAGGCUCGGAACACAGCAUAAAUAGCAGAAGGUUCCCUGUAGAGAUGCAGAUCUACCUUUACAAUUCAGACGACUUUGACAGCCUCAGUGCGGCCAUCAAGGAAAGACGCAUCGUUUCCGCCAUGGCCGUCUUCUUUGAGCUGGGGCAAAAAGACAAUCCUGCAGUGGAGCCCAUCAUCCAGGGAUUGAAAGGAGUGGUGCAUCAUGAAAAGGAGACCAACCUCAGGUCGUUCAUCCUGAGGGAUCUGCUGCCGUCAUCAGUGGACGGUUAUUACCGAUACACCGGCUCUCUGACCACGCCGCCCUGCAGCAAGGUGGUGGAGUGGAUCAUCUUCUCCAGGCCUGUGUAUCUGUCCCACUCACAGCUGGGGGCCUUCUACAACAUCUUAACAACGGAGCAACAGGACCACGUCAAGUCUGUCGAGUACCUGACCAACAACUUCCGCCCCCUGCAAGACCUCAACAGCAGGAAAAUCUUUAAAUCGGCUGUAAAAGAUGCAUGGCAGAGAGACCUUACUGAAAUGUCAGGAAGCCCUCACAGCACUGAGGCUUCAAGAGUGUGCAGCAGUGCCCCAGUGAGCAUGAAAAUCCAGCCGCUGAACCAAACGGCGUUGAUGGUGAGCUGGGAACGCCCUCUGACCGUCUACCACCCGCCCAUCACCAGUUACAUGGUCUCCUACAGCUGGGUGAAACGUGAUGUCGCCGAUGAGAAGACCUUCACCAAGACGGGAGACCAGAGCAUGAAAGCUGUUAUCACUAAUGUCUCCCCUGACGUGCUGUACCUGUUCCGAGUGCAGGCGGUGUGUCAGCAUGACCUGCGCAGUGAUUUCAGUCAAACGCUGUUGUUCAGAGCGAAUACAACAAGAAUAUUUGAAGGGUCUCGUAUUGUGAAAACGGGGAUGCCCACGAUAUCUCCAGCGUCCUCGGCAGACAUGGCUCCCAUCAGCUCCGGUUCCUCCACUUGGACGUCCUCUGGCAUCCACUUCUCUAUUGUCUCCAUGGCAACGGGGAUGGGCCCCUCCUCGAGCGGCAGCCAGGCCACAGUGGCGUCAGUGGUGACGAGCACUUUGCUGGCAGGCCUGGGCGUAGGCGGCGGGGUCAUCUCCUCUUUGCCAAGUUCUGUUUGGCCCACACAGGCGCCCCAAGCCACGCAGAACCCCACCCGUCAGUCCGUCCCGACCGUGAAGUCUAGCACCGAGCAGGGGGCGUCCCAGGGCCCCGACUCCGAUGGCCCGUCGGAGGAGAAUAAGGCUGCAAGUGAGGGCGAGGAUGAGGAGGAAAAGGAGGGGGAGAGAGAUGAAGGGCAGGAGGAGGAAGAGGAGGAGAAGAAGAGAAAGAACAAGACUGCACCUGAUAAUGAGGAAAGGCAAGCGAACAGCACUGUGGCCAAAGAGCCUCUAAUCCCCACCCCCGCAUCCACAGCCAAAGAGAAAGGAGAAGGAAAGCCGACAGUCAAAGGCACCGCGUUACCUGCGAGCACUGGCGACGAUCAGCUGGUCAGCGAAGAGAAGAAUCACACAGACGUAAAUGCAGUCUCCACUCAGGAGCCUCGGAAUGACAGUGCAGAGAUGCAGAUCACCCAGAGCUCCACGCUGGCUCCGAAGAUCAACAGUCUCUGGCCUUUUUCCGUCCACACUGAUAGGACCAUCUUGUCCAAUGUAACCCGCAUCCCUCACCCUGGGAUGGGCAGGAUGGUGUGGAUCGUCCCUUUGGUGGUGGUGUCGGCUCUCACUCUGCUCUGCCUCAUAAUGCUGCUGAUUGUGAUGGUCUACUGGAGGAGAUUUUUCCAGACAGCUCACUUCUAUGUGGAGGAGAGCAGCUCUCCACGAGUGGUGGCCAAUGAGAAUAUACCAGUCAUCCCUAUACCAGAUGACAUGGAGGCCAUCCCCGUUAAGCACUUCGUUAAACACAUCAUGGAGCUCUAUAAGAACAACCUUCAAGGUUUCUCUGAGGAGUUUGAGGAGGUCCAACGCUCCACAGCCGACCUGAAAAUCACAGCAGAACAUUCAAAUCAUCCUGACAACAAGCACAAAAACAGAUACAUCAACAUCGUGGCCUAUGACCACAGCAGGGUAAAAUUACGAGCGCUGGCGGGGAAGGAUGCCAAACACUCGGAUUACAUCAAUGCCAACUACGUGGAUGGCUACAAUCGGCCCAGAGCUUAUAUAGCUGCCCAGGGGCCUCUCAAGUCCACAUUUGAGGACUUUUGGAGGAUGAUUUGGGAGCAGAACACUGGAAUCAUCAUCAUGAUCACCAACCUGGUGGAAAAAGGCCGAAGGAAAUGUGACCAGUACUGGCCGAUGGAGAACAGCGAGCAAUAUGGAAACAUUGUGGUGACGCUGAAAGGCACCAAAGUGCACGCCUGCUACACACUGCGGCGUUUUCUUAUAAGGAACACUAAAGUUAAAAAGGGUCAGAAGGGGAACCCUAAAGGGAAGCUGAAUGAGCGCAUCGUGGUCCAGUAUCACUACACUCAGUGGCCUGACAUGGGAGUGCCCGAGUACACCCUCCCUGUCCUCACCUUCAUCAACCGCUCAUCAGCGGCCCGCACCGCAGACAUGGGCCCCGUCCUGGUGCACUGCAGUGCAGGGGUCGGCCGCACAGGAACGUACAUUGUCAUCGACAGCAUGCUUCAACAGAUCAAGGACAAAAGCACAGUCAGCGUCCUGGAUUUUCUCAAACACAUCCGCACACAACGCAACUACCUGGUUCAGACCGAGGAGCAGUAUAUUUUCAUCCAUGACGCCCUAAUGGAGAACAUCAUGAGCAGAGAGACGGAGGUCCCUGCCUGGCAGCUGCACAGUUACGUCAACAGCAUCCUCACGCCCAACUCGACCGGCCGCACGCAGCUGGAGAAGCAGUUCAGGCUCCUGACUCAGUGCAACACGCGCUUUCUGGAGUGCUUCAGCGCCCACAAAGACAGCAACAAGGAGAAGAACCGCAAUUCCUCAGUGGUUCCCUCGGAGCGAGCAAGGGUCGGACUCACCACUCUGCCUGGAAUGAAGGGAACAGAUUACAUUAAUGCAUCCUACAUAAUGGGUUACUUCAGGAGUAAUGAGUUCAUCAUUACCCAGCACCCUUUGCCCCACACCACCACAGACUUCUGGAGGAUGAUUUGGGACCAUAAUGCUCAGAUUAUUGUAAUGCUGCCUGACAACCUGGGCCUGGCUGAGGAUGAAUUUGUUUACUGGCCGAGUCGGGAGGAGGCCAUGAACUGCAUCGCCUUCACUGUCACACUCAUCAGUAAGGACAGACUGUGCCUCUCCAAUGAGGAGCAGAUCAUCAUCCACGACUUCAUCCUCGAGGCCACACAGGAUGACUACGUUCUGGAGGUGAGACAUUUUCAGUGCCCUAAGUGGCCCAACCCCGAUGCUCCUCUCAGCAGCGCCUUCGAGCUCAUCAGUGUGAUCAAGGAGGAGGCCAUGACUCGAGACGGCCCCACCAUCGUGCACGAUGAGUAUGGAGCCGUGUCAGCUGGCAUGCUCUGUGCCCUCACCACACUGUCCCAGCAGCUGGAGAAUGAGGGCGUGGUCGACAUCUACCAGGUGGCUAAGAUGAUCAACCUGAUGAGGCCGGGAGUCUUCACUGAUAUUGAGCAGUACCAGUACCUUUACAAAGCCAUGCUCAGCCUGGUGAGUAACAGAGAGUGCAGCCUGAGCCCCAUGCACAUGGACACUAAUGGGGUUGUGGUGAUUGCAGACGAGUCGGAUCCUGCCGAGAGCAUGGAGUCGCUCGUCUGAGGACAUUCCUCCAGGCACUUAAUUUGUACAAACUCAAGAACUUUUCUGAGGCCUUUUUUGCCAGACUAUUGAUUAAAUGAAUAACCUUAUUACUUUUUAUACUGAUAAAAGUUUUUUCAUAUUUAUGUUUUUGUCCUUUAUUUCUUAAACGUUAUCCUGCUGAGCGUUUGCACCUGUUUUAAGUUGACGCGAGGAAAAAGCAGCUCUGUCCAGUUUGCACUAUACUAUCAGUGUUACUGCCUAAAUCCAAUGAAGUGAGUGAAAAAAGAAAAAAAAAAAAAAAAGUUUCACAGCGAAACCCUGGCAUCACGACACAACUGGGACUGUGGGGACCGCAUUGAGACGAAACCUGAAGCAUGAAGAACCAGGACGGGUGACGGCCAUCCACUUCUGAUAAAGUCUCAAAAACAAGACAUCACAUCACGACGUAGCCCAGCAUGCAUUAUGUCACUUUGCCACAUCGAUCAAACUAACUGUUUUGAGGCUCCGCUCCACACGGAUGAAGCUCUCUAUCACACGUUAAGAGACGAUUACCUGCCUAAUCUUCACAUAUUGUCCAAAUAUCUCACUGCUGUCUUGUAUAAUGUACUUAUGGCUUAUUUUGUUCAAAUGUGUUCGAACAUCUUAUGUGAACGUUUAUUGCUUUUUACAGGGAUUUAUAUUGUUAUAUUGUUUUGUAAUAUAUAUAUAUACAUAUAUAUUAUAUCCUUACUAGCCAACCAAUGUUUUUUCUUUUUCCUUUUAAAAGUACUUUUACCUUUUUGUCCACUUGCCUUGACGUAGAUUCAUUUUGUUUUCAGAUUCUAUAUCUUGUCAUGAAUAUCAACAAAGCUUCAUUUUUUUUCUCAUCAUUUUUUUUCCCCCCCAGCUUUUCUAACCUCAACUGUCAAAUCUCAACAGUUAACAAGUGUAAUGGGUAUCUGUGUUUGACGCAGUACAGUGUCUACAAAAACAAUAUUCACCCCAGUCCCACUCGCUUGUUUUAUUGUUUUACUAAAUGGAGUCGCAGUGGAUGUAAUCAUGAUUUAGAUUUGACGCUGAUCAGAAGAAGAAACAAAUGCCAACAAAUUGAUUCAUUGGCAUUUCUAAGUGGUACUAUUGUCGGCGCCACAUUUGCAAAGACAACUGGAAACAUUUCCGUUGUCCUCCGUUCUCCGCUUUAUCCACAGGACAAAAUGUGAGUUUGUUUAAUCAUUAGCCUGCAAUACAAAUAGAUUGCCAGUUAACAUUUCUUUUCCCAGCUGACCGCGUGCCCGUCGACAGACAAAAUCAUGUGAUAGCGAGGUUUAUAGGGAACCAGUGUAAACUCCGAUGGUUUCAUUAUGUUAUAUGCAUGACACUGCGAAAUUAACAUUUAUGUCAUUAUGAUACCUUGAAAGAAAAUCCAAAGUUGAAUGGACAGGUGUUCAGCACCUUCAGUAUUUAUUAAUUUAAUUAUACAUUGAAUCUAUGUGGAUAGCUUUGUACAUCCGGACACGCCUUUUUUAUUUUUUAACGUCAUCAAACUCUGAUGAGUUGAAUGCGGACUCUGUAGGGCUUCCUUAAUGCUCCACUGCGCCCCAAUAUCAAUACCAUAGUUUUCUUUGUUUUACCAAAUACCUCAAUUUCGACAUAGUGGUAAUAAUGUAGGGAUGACUACUGGUGCCUUGACAAAAUAUGAGAUUCUUUUGAUAGACUGUCAUCAGGAUCAUGGCUAAAGACAACUAUUGAAGAAGAAAAUAAGAAAUAUUCAAGAUAAAAAUUCUCCUGUGCUCGCAGAACGAACACCAAGGGCCAAGAUCCCAGUCCUUACUACUAGCUGCACGGCUAACUGAGCUAACUAGCUAAUGACAGCUACAGUUAGCUAGUUACUCCGAUGAUACGUUGACCCCUGAUUCUUACAUAUUGCAUCUUUAACUGUAAUGUUGCAUUUAAAACCAGGAACAAACAACAUUUACACUAUAUCAAGUUAUCCAAACUUUAAGACAAUGACACAAUAAUGAUAUAAUAUAAAUACAUUCAGCUGCCAUCAGACUGUGAGAGAGUUUCACCUCAUGCCACUUAACUGGUCUGGACUCAGUCUAGACUUUGACUCAGCCGCUCCCAGACAUUAGCAUUGUUCUUGUGAAGACAGUUCUGUGCAGCCGGGGCUUUAUAUUUCAUCAUUGGUCUGGUCUGAUAAAAAAAAAAAAAAAAAAGAACCUUGCAGUUCUCUCACACAAAUCCUCCAGGAUUUUCUUUAUCUUUUACCCGUCUGCCUGCUGCCUCAGCAGGCCUCGUGAUAAGGAUGGUGCGUUUCUGCAGAUGUACAGUGUUUGGCUUCCACUCCACGUAACAUUUAGGAUCACCAGCUCUUAAAACCUUCAGCUUUGUCGCAAAGUCUCACACAUGCUUUCAUGCGAGUUCUUUGCAGCUUUUCCAUAAAGCUGCGGCUGGUUUAACACCUGGACGAUUUCUCUGAUCUCAGUUAUGAAACCCCGUCGCUUCUUUCAGAGCUCCCUCGGCCUCUUCAUUCUCAAAACAAUCACAAUCUGCUCCGGGCAGAUUGAAAAGCCGUGCCAAACUGUUUUUAAUUUUUAUCAUCAUUUUUAAGGAUAUACAGUGCCUUGGUAAUGUUCUCGUGUCCUUCCUCCCUGAUUAGUGCUUUUCAGUUAACGUGCCACAGAGUUAUUUGGAGUAUUCAUUUGUUUUCAUGAUGCAGUUUUCCCGGGGAAAUUGACUAAUUAACCUCCAGGUUAAACCUAAAAUAGCUUGAUUACACACAGCUCUGUUCAACUUCAACAAGCGAUAAUUUAGAUAUGGCAGCAAUAGCUCCAGACUUUUAUUUCUAUAUAUUUUGAUCAGUGUAAUAAAUCCUAAAUACAUCCACUCUGAUUCAAAGUUCUAAAUGAAUGAAACAAGCAAACAAAACAAAACAAAAGAAUCCAAAGGUGGUGAACACUUUUCUGUAGGCACUGUAGUUUCUUUUUUUGGGGGGUGGGGGUUGAUGCUUUAUUUGUAACCAAAGAUGUGGUUCCAGUUUUGCAACAUGUAAGUGGUUUUGUCCUGAGAUCUAUUUAAUCAACUAGAACUUUAAAAAAAAAAAAAAAAAAAAAAAAAAAAGAUGAUGAAAAAAAAAAAGGUUAAAUCUUGCAGUACAGAUUACCAGUGUCAGCGGUGUGAAUUUAACAUUUAACAGUUCAGCGUGUUUGUGUCCUCAGGAUUACAGACGCUAAUCGGAGUACAUGAAGCUUUCCUCACAGUAGCUAGAUGAGAUGGAUUGACUUAAAGUUCGGACUGUAGAGUGUGUUUCGUUUGGGCUGACAUUCUAUUUUAUGGCUGUUAAUAACAAGCCCUUUUCAACCCCAACCACCCCUCUCUCUCUCUGUCUCUCUCUCUCGAUUGAUUUAUAUGUACCCUCCUCUAAUGUCACGCACUCUGUUAUGAUGGAAAUCUUUUUUUUUUUCUUUCUCCUCUGAACACCUGACUUCUCUGACAAAAGGGGGAGUGAAAACUCUCCAACAUUUGGAGAAACAGUCCAGAUUUCGAGAUCGCUUUGCUCUGCGACACAAACUUUCUUUGCAGCAAUGUAUUUCCUUUUUUUUUUUUUUCUUUUCCUUUCUUUUUUUUCACACAUUGAAAAACACGAGUGCUGUGGUGGCUGAACACUUCAAAAAGCAAAUGUCUUUGACUUUAAUGUAAUCUUUGUGACCAUAGAAGUUUAUAUUUUCAUACGAAUAUUUGGUUUGUAUAGUGACCCUGUAACAGAUUGUACUUUUGUGGGAAAUGUAUUAUCCAGUUCUCCACAGCAGAACCCCCCCACCUGCCCCUCUGAGGUCCGUGCUGAUAUUUAACCCCAGACUUUUUUUUUUCCUGACAUUUGCUCUACGGUCCAGGGAAUCCAGUAUGUUAGCCUCAGUGCAUUUCAGCCAGGUUGGUCGUUCGGUCUAUUUUGUAACUUAAAAUAAAUAAUGAAAUGGUUUUGUCCAUCAUAUCACAUGUUUAUAUGAUAGUAUCAUAGCCAUAUACACUCUAUGAUGCUGUCAUAUACCAUAUUAUAGUGUACUAGUGUUAUUUAAUAGGUAAUCUGUAUUGCUAUACAUUAAAUAAAGUUUGGGUUUGGGUGCACAGCAUCCUUGUGUCA